UGUACUAACUCUUUUUUGCUGCUUCGGUGUACUACUGCCAGGCGACGCACUAACCGUCUGUCUGCAAGCUUCUCUCAUCUCGUUCAAAUGGCGAAGAAAACACGUACAUCUUCAAAGGGAGGAGAUAAGUUCCUCGACUUCUCCACGGUGAAGGAGAAGCGUGAAAAAAAACAGCCGGAAUCGAGAAAGGACGCUGAAGAACUCAGACUCGAGGAGGCCAUUUUCGGCAAUCUUGACGAGUUUAAAGAAAAUUUGGGUGCAGAAGAUGAGGAGGUGCAAAUAGAUGAAGGUGGUAAAGUCUCCGAACAGGAAGAAAAUGGAGAUGUCGCGCUUUUGGACGAUUCUGAGCUUUUUAUGAUGGACGUCGGUGAACCAAGCAAAAUUGACAGCGAAGACGCCGCUACUCGAGAUGUGGAUAUGCUUAGCAAUGCGUCAGAAGACGAGGACUUUGAAGAAGAGCAGGAGGAGGCCGUUUGGCACGAUAGCGAUGAUGAAAGAGUCGAGGUCUCUUUGUUGGACAAUGCUCGCCUCCGGAAGCUGCGUCGGUACGAGGACGAAAACAUGCUGAAUGGAGUGCAGUAUUCAGCUCGUCUGCGAGUACAGUUCGAGCGUAUAUAUCCCAAACCAAAAUGGGCACUAAAGAAAACAGACGACGAUGGUGAGAAUUCCGACGAGGAAGUUUCUUUGAGUGAAGCCAGUGUACUGCCCUCGUCUCUUAGAGAAAUUCUUCAGUCCUCCGUGUCAUAUGCGGCAAAGAAAACGUCUGUGUUGCAGCCUGGACAGAUUGAUAUCAAACGUUUGAAGGACGCGAACUUCCAAUCUCCAUCUCACAGCGGUAUUCGGUGUAUGAGCCUACAUCCUAUCUACCCAUUACUGCUUACUUGUGGUUUCGACCGCACGUUGCGUAUUUACCAACUUGACGGCCGUACCAAUCCUCUACUCACGUCUAUGCAUCUGCGCAGCUCCGAUCUCCAAACAGCAGCCUUCCACCCUGAUGGAAAGCAUGUCAUUGCUGGUGGUCGCCGUCGUUACUUCUACAUUUGGGAUUUAGAGACUUCAAAAGUACAAAAGGUCAGCCGUAUUUAUGGCCACCAAGACUUGCAACCCAGUAUGGAAAGAUUCCACCUCGACCCUUCUGGAAAGUUUAUGGCCUUGGAGGGCAAGAACGGCUAUGUGAACAUGCUCGAUGCACUUACUGGUCAAUUUGUGACCAACUUUAAAAUUGAAGGCACUAUUUCCGAUGUGCUUUUCGACUCGAAUGGUGCCAACUUGUUCGUGUUGAGCUAUGAAGCAGAAGUUUGGCAGUUCGACAUCAAGGCAAAGACGAUUGUUCGUCGCUGGCACGUUCAGGACGCUGUGGCAACGACGCGCUUUAGUCUUGAUUCGAAGAACCGCUAUAUGGCCAUUGGCAGUAAGAGUGGUAUCGUGAAUGUUUACGAGCUGGCUCGCAACGAUGCUCCUAAAGCUAUAGCAACGUUGGACAAUAUCACCUUCAGCAUCAACUCUCUGGCCUUUUCAACCGACGGCCAAGUGCUUCUUGCCGCGUCACGCGGUAAGAAGGACACUUUGCGUCUGUAUCAUGUGCCCAGCUUCACCACCUUCCGUAACUGGCCCACCAGUGUAACACCUCUUGGCCGUGUCACAGCCGUCAUCUUUGGCAAGGGAGGUGAGCUCUGUGUUGGUAAUGAAGCCGGUCGUGUUGGAUUCUGGAAACUUGCUCAUUACCUCUAGUAAGGAGAUGGUUGUCAAACUGACCGUCAUUUUUUGGUAUCAGAAACACAGAAAAAGCAAACAAAAAAGCAAGGGAGUGCGACAACACCAACUGCUGCUACUCUCUUGCAGGGAUCAUUUAUUCUUGGGCAUUCUGGGAUCGUGUGUAUAAUAGCUACAGUAACAGUUCUUACUACAAACCGUUGGUGGGAGGGGGAGGGGAGUGUGCGUGGGG